AUGAGGGGAAUCCCUCCUGUGGGCGUGAAGACCAGCCUGGGGCGGGGCUUCUGGACUCCCGGGACGCGGGAAACGCUGGGGGAGGAGCCUCCGGAGCCGGAGCCGGAGGAAGCCCCCCGGUGCCAGGAACUGCCCCGGAUCUGUAGAUCCUCACAGUAUUCCGAUAAAGUGAUCUGGUACUUGUCACCGUUUUACAGACAGAAGCUGUGUCAGCAUGCCCCAGCCCGCCCUGCUGCCUACGCCCGUACCGCAAAGCUGAGCGGUUGGCGCAACAGGGAGGUGGCGGGGCUGGCGGGCAUGGCAGCUACCAUGGGGAUGCGGAUGGAGCCCCGCUCCAGGAGCCCCGCUCCGGCCGGCACCAUGGACAGCGAGGCCUUCCAGAGCGCGCGGGACCUUCUGGACCUGAACUUCCAGUCGCUGGCCAUGAAACACAUGGACCUGAAGCAGAUGGAGCUGGACACAGCGGCGGCCAAGGUGGACGAACUGACCAAGCAGCUGGAAUCGCUGUGGUCAGACUCGCCGACGCCUGGCUCCCAGGCUGGAACCCUCCCUAGGAUGUCUCGCUUCAGCUCCAGCCCGGUCCACGAACCCUUUAGUAGUCGAGGGUCCCCCCGGAAGGCAGCCACUGACGGCGCAGACGCCCCGUUUGGACGGUCCGAGAGUGCCCCGACUCUGCUCUCCUACAGCCCGCUGCCUUCUUCCCUCGGGGGCCCCCUGCUGGGCGCGGGCGGCAGCGCCUUCGCCCCGCCUCUGCGCGCUCAAGAUGACCUGACACUGCGCCGGAGGCCCCCCAAAGCCUGGAACGAGUCUGACCUGGACGUGGCGUACGAGAAGAAGUCUUCGCAGACAGCCAGCUAUGAGCGCCUGGACGUGUUCACGCGGCCCGCCUCGCCCGGCCUGCAGCUGUUGCCCUGGAGGGAGAGCAGCCUGGAUGGGCUGGGCGCCACCAGCAAGGACAACCUCACCAGCGCCACUCUGCCACGCAAUUACAAAGUCUCGCCUCUGGCCAGCGACCGGCGUGCGGAUGUGGGCAGCUACCGGCGCUCGCUGGGCUCCGCAGGCCCGUCGGGCACUCUGCCC